AUGGAAAAGCUGGCAUUACAGGAAGAGAGUACGAGCACUAAGGAGGUUAAGGUUCGUCGCUCCCAAUGGUCGAGAAACUUGGACUUUGUGCUGUCAUUCUUGGGAUAUACAAUCGGUCCAUCAAAUAUUUGGCGAUUUCCUUAUCUCUGCGCCAAAAAUGGCGGCGCCGUUUUCCUAAUACCCUAUGCAGUGUUUAUGCUGUUGUUUGGUUUUCCAUUAGCAUUGCUAGAGUUAUCAUUAGGACAGUAUUCUGGUAAAAGUGCCUUUGCCGUAUGGGACAUCUGCCCAGCACUAAAAGGCAUUGGUCUUGCAAUGAAUGCUGUAACAGUAUUAUACGGAAUUUACUACAUCAUUAUAUUGUCGUGGGUUCUGUUUUAUCUUUACAAUUCCUUUAAAACACCUCUACCGUGGACAAAUUGUGAUAAUUGGUGGAAUACUGCCGACUGUAUUGAAACUUUACAGACGGUGAAAAAUAAUAUAACCUUAACGAAUACAGCAUACAAUUUUACAAGCCUGCAGUCAAAUUUGUCAAUGGAAAUGCAGGAAUUUGUCAACGAUACGAGCAUUAUAACGAAUGGAUCUUAUACAGCUCCUGAAGAAUUUUGGAGCAUCAAUCUAUUACGAAUGUCUACUGGAUUAGAUGAUCUUGGAGACAUUCAACUGCAUUUGGUUCUAACAUUAGCACUGGGUUGGAUAAUAAUAUUCUGUUGUAUCAUUAAAGGUGUUGAAACUGUAGGGAAGGUGGUGUAUGUAACAGCUAUUGGUCCAUUUAUAAUACUUUUUAUCAUACUAAUUCGAGCAGUUACUUUGCCUGGUGCUGUAAAGGGAAUAGAGUAUUAUGUAAUUCCUGAUUUCGAAAAGCUAGCAGAUGUACAGGUUUGGAUUCAAGCCUUAAUGCAGAUAUUUUUCUCCAUGGGUAUUGGAUGGGGUGCAUUUAUAACGUUAGCUAGUUAUAAUAAUUUCAAUAGCCAUGUCGUUAGAAAUACAAUUGUAUUUUGUAUCGUUGGAGAAGGCACGAGUUUUGUGGCUGGAUUUGUUGUAUUCGCUGUUUUAGGUUUUAUGUCUGAGAAGGCGGGGAAAAGUGUAGCAGAGGUAGCAACCGCAGGUCCUGGUCUUGCGUUUAUAACCUACCCAGAAGCUUUAAGUGAGUUACCAUUACCACAGUUAUGGUCUGUUUUGUUCUUCAUUAUGUUGUUCCUUCUUGCCAUCGAUUCCUUGUUUGUGAGUCUUGAAAUUAUUGUCACAGCAGUUGUGGACGCAGUGCCUAAUCCGACGUCGAAAACUCGUAUAUUGGUUACUGCUGUUAUAUGUGUUCUGAUGUUUUUCGGUGGCCUGAUAUACACCACACAAGCGGGGAUUUAUAUAUUUCAACUAGUAGAUUGGUAUAUAGCAUCAAUCUCGGUUUUCGUCAUAACAUUUGCUGAAUGUAUCAUUGUUUCCUGGAUUUAUGGUGUAGAAAGGUUUUCUGACAACAUAGAAGCAAUGACUGGAAGAAGACCACCCUUGUUUGUCAAAAUACUUUGGCGAUUUAUUACUCCUUUUAUUUUAGUCACAGCGUUUAUAUUUACCAUAGCGGAGUUUAGCCCACCAACAUAUGGAUCCUAUGUUUAUCCCUCCUAUUCUAGUUAUAUUGGUUGGAGUAUUGCCUUUGUCACUACAUCACCUAUACCUAUAUGGUUUAUUAAAGAAAUAAAUCAGCGAGAGGGACCUUUAUUACAGAGAAUAAAAACAGCAUUCCAGCCAAACGACAACUGGCAGCCAGCAAAAGCCCAAAUAGAUAGUAUACCAACCUCUACCUAUGAAACUGCAACGUUUUUGGUUCAAAAUCCACUUGAACGGUGAAGGAUUUGUAAGCAAUGUAAAGGAUAAAAAUAUAAAAUGCAC